GAUAGCGAGAGAUCGAGGGGAUUUGGUGAAUUGUGCACUGUUCAGCACUGUACAUGUCUGAAUAAUUUACUGCAUAUUAAAUGGCGUUGGUGACUAAACGUGGCACCUGUACAAACGGCACAGACGGCAUUUGGAUGGAUCGAUUCGUCGGCCCAUCCGUCCCCAACCCACCACCAGCGCAAGCAGCCGUGCUCGCUCUCUCUCUCUCCCAUCGAUCCCCUUCUUCCUUCGCCAAAUUUUCUCGGUCGUCGACGGCUCCACGCGCGGUCGCCGUGGCUGGAAUCGUUGUGCCCUACUGCUGAGCCUCGUCCGGUGGUCGUCGUGGUCAGCCUGGGGCUGUUAGGCACGCGGAGAAAUCGACCACUCGUCACGGGAGCUGCUGAAAAGGCGAAUCGAGGCCGGAGAAAGGGGAUUCUCUGGCGGAGCUGCCAUCAAGCCAGGCGGAAGUCGGGGAGCGCUGCCGGUGUUGUCUGCGUCACCUAGCUGCUCAUCAGGCUCUGCAGCUUUGGCCGCAUGCGGCUGUACUCGGUGGAGCGCUCUCGGGUGUCACAGUGUCGUCAAGAUUCGGCAGAGUUGGAAGCUUUCUUCUCGCCUCCGGCCUCCUAUUUGAGGCCUCCUUCUCCGGGUGGACAAUGGGCACCAGGGGAACAAAGCGGAAGAGAGGGGAGGACAUCCAUCCGUCGACUGCAGCCAAGGGGCAGGCUGUGCCUUUGGCGUUCGCCGCACCGGCUCCUCACGGACUGCUCAUCAAUCUGGAUUCGGGGACGGGAUCGAGCGCCUCUGGCAAAUCUGACGCUAGCUCUGCCCCUCCUUGUGACAAUGACAUCAAUGUGGCCGCCCGCUUCCUAACAGCCGUUUGUGCGACCUCCCCAGAAGGCGUUCGCUCUUUCGUCCGUCGUGUGUCGCCGGCGACGGUUGUUCGGUCCCUCGAUUUGGACCUGAUCCGGCCCAUCUCGCCAUAAAAGGUAAUGCCCAUUGUAAUUUGUUUUUGAUCCAUUGCAUUUGUGCUUUGUUAACAUUGGGUGGUAGAUGGCGGAGGGUAAAAUCCGAUGGAGCGACGAUGAAAUUGGCAUAUUUCUUGAGGCAUGCUUGGAGGAGUUGUCCGCAAUGACCAUAACAUCCACUUGUCCAAAGCCGCAAGGCUACAAGAACCUCAUACAGAAGAUGAAGGAGAGAAUCGGAAGAAACCUCACCAAGGAUCAGGUGAAGUACAUAUGGUGUCAAUGUCGUAAAAGGUGGAUGCUUUGGACGUGGCUGGAAUCAAAGGCUACCGGCAUUGGCCGUGACCCGAUAACUCAAGCCAUUGUUGCUGACGACAAUUGGUGGGAAGACAAGGACCAGAAAAAGGACGGAGCUCGUGUCUUCAAAGAUUCCCCUCUCAAGCACAUCGACCUUCACUGUGCUAUUUUUUCGGGGCGCACAGUGGUAGGGAACCACUCUGCUGUUGCAGGCGCAGCACCAGCACCUCCUCAGCAGCCAACUCCAAGGCCCAACAUCAAUAUCUCACAGCUGCUAGCUCAACAACAAAACAUUGCGACUCUAGGAGAGUUUCAAGUGCAGGAAAAGGCAAGAGGCCAGCAGAUGAAGCUGGCACUUCGAGGGGAUCGGCUUCAAAGAAGAGUCGAAGUGACUCAGCCGGUGAUGCCCUGCACCGGCUAGCUGAUUUGCGAGUGGAGUCGAUGGAGAGCCGUUCCCGGAAGGUGGAAGAGGACAGGGCUAGAAGUGCAGCAGCUUGCAUCCAGUUGGUGGUAGCUGAUGGACAUAACCCAGGGAGUGAUUUAUUCUUUAUGGCACUGGAUGUAUUUGAGCGUGCUUAUUGGGGUCAAUGGUUCAUUGAUUACUGCCCUACACCCGAGUCACGGUCCCAUUACAUAGUACAGACAUGGCAAAAGCAAUUUGGCGGAAAAGGAGCUGGUGGCCAAGGAGGUGGACAGCCUGGAUACGAAGGAGGAACUGGGCAGCAGCGUUAUGGUGUAGGAGCACCCCCGCCAACUGGCCAGCAGGGUUAUGGUGGAGGAGUACCCCCGCCAACUUGUUCAGGAGGUCAUACAAGGUUUGGAGGUUGGUAGGGGGGUCGCCCUGGUGGAGGUGGGGGUCCUGGUAGCGUAGAUGGUAAUGGGUUCUAUUGAGUUGCUCUUGCUUGGUCAGUUGCCUGGAGCUCACUGAGAGGAGGAGAUUCAUAUGAGAGGCAUAAAAAAUAAUGCUCACCAUACUGUUUGCAGUAGGAUUUUAGCAUCUGCUUAACUGUUUUUUUCUUGUAUGAUUUGUACCCUCUUGUUGUAUGAUUUUAGCAUCUUGUUGUAUGAUUUUUAGCAUCUGCUUUACUCAUUUCUAAUGCUUGUAGUCUGAACUGGUACUUGUGGUAUGUCACUGUGAAAUUUUUUAUGCAGCUAAUUUUUUUAUUGAACACCAUGCGUGCAUUUUUUUACAAAUAAUGUUGUAAUGGUUAAUGUAAGCUAUAUAUUUUUCUUGUUUCGAAGGAAUCACACAAUGAGCGACGGUUCAUCGUGGAGUUCGGAUGGUACUGAAGGGCAAUACACGAGCGAUGAGGAUGACGCUAUUAUUGCAAUGAUGCAAGAGAUUUUAGCUGCUCCUCCAAGAGCUCCUCGUCGUGUCCCAACCCAAUUUGGAAUAACUUGGAUGCUAGAGACAAUGGCGAAUCCUGCAC